CCAUGGCCGCGAAGGGGGCUGGGUGCAUGCGUCCCGGCGAUGGAGCGACCUCUGGCGCCUCCAGUCCUACCGGUCCGGUAGCUCCGAGCCUCCGGGAGCGACCCAGAGAGCCCUGGCCCCACACAGAGCCGCUCCGCAGGAAAAAAGAGAGAAACAGCCUUGGAAAAGAAAAGGACGCGGAGGUGGGCCCCACCAUGGUCGGGGACGAGCACUCGGACCCGGAGCUGAUGCAGCAUCUCGGGGCCUCAAAGAGAAGCGUCCUGGGAAACAACUUCUGUGAGUACUACGUCAACGACCCUCCUCGCAUAGUCCUGGACAAGCUGGAGCGCAGGGGCUUCCGUGUGCUGAGCAUGACAGGGGUGGGCCAGACGCUGGUGUGGUGUCUGCACAAGGAGUGAGCUGCAGGAGCCGACUGGUUUGGAGCGGCAACCGUGGGCCCAGGCCUGCCUCACCGACCACCCUGCUCCUCUUCCCAGACCGUCACUGGCCUCGGUCCGGCACCGAUGGGCAGGGACGGCUUUCUCUGACACCCGGCCUCAGUCAGUCAGGGAGGGCAGGGCCCCUAGCCUGGUGCUCCCGAAGGCCCUGGAGUAUGCCAUGUUCUGUGGGCAGCAUGAGGGGCCCAGCCCAGAGCCUGGCACCCCAGUCUGGGACGCCCAGGCUGCGUCCUGUGUAGCUAGUCCAACAAGCUAAUAAA